AGCUGCAUUCCUCAGCCUCCCUAUUCCCUCCCCAGCUCCAGGGAGCAGCUUUGAGCUGGGGCUGCACAGAGACGCAGAGGCGGGGAGGGAGGCAGCAGCUGGAGACUGUGGAUGCUGGAGGCCAACAGCGAGGUACCUGAGUUUGACACAACUUUCAGCAGGACCAUGGACCGGGAGGAGCUGCUGAAGAGACGUGAGAAGACACAGUGGUUUUAUGAGCGAAGAUCUCCCAGCAAGUUCUUUCAGCAAGGGACCUGUCCGUCGAAUAUGACCACCUCUUCGAUGAAAGAGCCCUCACAGAUGCCAGAGUUACAGGAGCUCCGAACCGGGCCAAUUGAACAGCUCAUCAAAACUACGUCUCCUGUUGGACCCCCGCACCCUCAGCCCCAGUAUGGGAACUCUCUGCCGAGUCUGACUGAGCACGGCCCUGUCUGUAUCCCUUCACCAAACGAAUACCCGACCCUUGCCUUCUACAGCCCCUCCAUCCUGGGGUACAGUGUGUCUGGUGAGACCAGUGGACCUGAUGGGACCAUUGUCAGGCAGAGCCUGAGUCCCUCAAUGUACUGGUCAUCAGCUGGACAUGUCUCCCCCAUCUCCGUACACUGCCAGCAGCCAAUCAUGUACGCUGAGCCAGCCAGCAGUCCUUGGGAUGAUCUGAGGCCGGGGGAGCAGCAUCUAUUGAACAGGGAGAAUUUGAGGAAAAAGCUGGUGCCGCCCAAUUCCUCCAUGAACAGUGUUUGUUCGAGGCGGGAUGCCCACUUCUGUGCUGUUUGUAAUGAUUUUGCUUCGGGUUAUCACUACGGCGUGUGGUCCUGUGAGGGAUGCAAAGCAUUCUUCAAGAGAAGCAUCCAAGGGCACAAUGCCUACAUCUGCCCGGCAACUAACCAGUGCACCAUCGACAAGAACAGGAGGAAGAGCUGCCAGGCCUGUCGACUACGCAAGUGCUACGAAGUUGGGAUGAUGAAAUCCGACACAAGGAGAGACCGUUCCAGUUAUCGCUUCAGCCGACAGAGCCGCCUCUCCAGUCCACAAGCACAGCACGGGAGCAGAAGCAAGAGAACUGUUCAAAGUGAGCUCAGUAAUAUCACACAGCCGUGCCUGGGACAGCUCGACCCAGAGAAACUGCUCAGCUCCUUGUUAGAGGCGGAACCACCCAAUGUCUACUCCCUAAAACAACCCAACAAACCCUACACCGAGGCCUCCAUGAUGAUGUCACUGACCAAUCUGGCUGACAGGGAACUGGUUCACAUGAUCGCCUGGGCCAAGAAAGUUCCCGGAUUCCUUGAGCUGGAUCUCCAUGACCAGGUGCAGUUGUUGGAGUGUUGCUGGUUGGAGGUUCUCAUGGUUGGAUUAAUGUGGAGGUCGAUUGAAUAUCCAGGAAAACUGCUGUUUGCCCCGGACCUCAUUCUUGAUCGGGAUGAGGGACAGUGUGUCGAAGGCAUUCUGGAAAUCUUUGACAUGUUACUGGCGGCAACCUCCAGGUUCCGCGAGUUGAAACUGCAACAUGAGGAAUAUCUCUGUCUGAAAGCCAUGGUCCUCCUCAACUCCAGUAUGUUUCCACGAUCUGGAGUAACAGAGGAACAUGAAAAUAGGGAGAAGCUUCACAAGAUUCUGGAUACAAUCACGGACACUCUGAUCUGGUGCAUGUCAAAGAGUGGGAUCCCAGCACAGCAGCAGGCCACUCGCCUGGCCCACCUGCUCAUGUUACUGUCCCACAUCAGGCAUGCCAGUAACAAAGGUAUGGAACACCUCUACAGCAUGAAAUGUAAGAACGUGGUGCCCUUCUAUGACCUGCUGCUUGAAAUGCUCGAUGCCCACGUCAUCUACAGCCACAGAAAACCAUCAGAUGAUCACGUCUGCAGCCAGUCAAAAUCUGACAGACUCUGACCUCUGCCCUAACAUGGCAACCUUCUCCCUCCUUGCAUCUUUCCCACUCUCCCUCCAAUUCACCAACCAGAAGGGUAUGAGCACAGUGGGCACGGCUAGCAGCUGGUUGGAGGGUGUGCAUCGAGCAGAGAAGGGGGUGGAACAGUAAAAGCUGUCAAUUUACUGGGUUCUACAUCUUUGCAUGUUCCCGAACCCCUCCUCCUCCUGGUGCUACCUCCCCACUCACUGGCUCUCCGUAAAUGGCCUGUGAUGUUGAUUGGUGCUUGGAGGAGCCUCCUGCAGGAUCUCAGGCAUGCCCCCUCCAUCCCAUCACCCCCAUCCCCCAUUCCUCCCCAUGCACCACUCUCCCAUCUCCCAUCAUUCUCCCAUUUCCCAUCAUCCCCUCAUCCCCCAUCU